AUGAUGUGCAGCUGAUGACUAUCCAGGAGGAUGCAUCAAGCGUAAAAUUAAAUCGUUCCAUGGGAAUAAUCAGAAAAUGCAUAUAUUAUUCGUGUUCAUUUAGUACCUCACAUUCCAAAGCGAUGAUAGUCAAUUCUGCGUCUGUGGAUAAUUGAGCAGCGCGUGGGGGGCCGGAUAUGAGCCAAGGAAGCUUGCGGCAUUGUGUCUGCCUCAGCACACUGCCAUAUGCUUCUAUCAUACUUUUACUAGGCCGACAUGCAGGGCUGAUGUCAGACAACACACAGAUUAGCUGCGUGUUGUAAAUGGUGUUGCCUCCUUCGCUCCCUUAAGUGCUCAUAUUAAAAGGGAGGUUUCUUGCAGAAGUGUGCUGACGCACGACUGCCGUUCUUGAAAGCGUGCGUUUGCGGCCAUUUGUGCAAAUUGGCCACAUGGAAAGAAUGACUAGCCUCCCUAUUUAAAGCGUUUGCCAAGUACAAAUGAUAGCAUCUCUCUGGGCAGUUUUUAGUGGCUUGUAAUCCAUUCCAGUUGCAAAUAGGCCUUUAUAACUUAGUCCAAGCAGGCUAAGACAACAAAGAUCAACCUUAAUCAGCAUAUAAACUAGAGCUCCCAUGAUGCUAAAUUUAACUGCUGGGAUAGCAGGAACUAGCUAAUAUGCUGUAAUAGUUUCUUGGAAAUGAGCAAGGGCGACGGAAACAACACUCAUUCUAGCCAAAGGAUAUAAAGAAGUGUCAUUUUUCUGGCAUGGAUGAAGCGGAUGAGAGCAGGCUGCAGCUGGGGAUUAUGUCCCUCAAAUCACUACAGCCUUUAACAUUGCAUUUUAUGCAAUCCAGACCACUAUUGCGAAUCUGGUGUCAUUAAAAAUCUGGACUCCUCUGAUCCAAAAUUUUAACAUGACUAACACAGCUUGGUGGUCUGCGAUGAAAAGUGAGUUUUUCUGAAAGGGGGCCUCUAAGGUGGCUGCAUAUUUGCUGGUUGAGUAAGGAAUGUGGUUUGCAUGCCUCACACAUGAGCCAGGAUUCUACUCAGAGAGGGAGAGAGAGAGAGAGAGAGAGAGAGAGAGAAGCAAGCCUGUGCUCAUAGCACAUGAGCUCAUUCACUCUUAGGUCACAGGGAGGAGAGAGAGAAAGAGAGCGAGAGGGUGGGAGGGGAAAGCCAGUUGAUGAGAGAGAGUGAGCGAUUGAGUGAGUGAGCGCAGGCUGUACAACAAUAGGGAGCUCUACUUUCAGUUGCCACACAUAGGACGAUUGCUGAAGGAUCCGCUGUGUGUGUCGGCAGUGAGCAGUGAGGACCUGCCAUCAAAAGCCUGAUUCUCCGGCUGUUACUCGCUUCUCCUCCAUCUCCCUGCUAAGUCAGCACCCACAGCUGCUUUCCUUUUUUUUGCACGGAUUUGUGAGGACUCUCCCGUUUUCCCUCUCAUGCCUUGUAUGUGGUGAGCUGCUGUACUUUGCUGAGCUCGGCGUGUGGAGGUGUGCAUGUCUCUGGAAGUGGUCAUAUCCUCGCCAGAGAAGUGUUUCUGCUCCCCCACUCCUCACACCGGCAUGAGGUUGAAGAUCAGAGUGCGCAGGAUGAAGGAGGCUCGGGAGCUGCGAGGUGGCUUUGCAGCAUUUUCCUCCUGCUUCCCAGGUCUAUGUGAAGGAAAGCCAGUGGCCACACUACCCAUGAGCCUGUCUCAACCCUGCCUGCCGGUGGCCAAUGUGGGCCCCACGCGCAUCCUGCCCCAUCUCUAUCUAGGUUCCCAGAAAGACGUGCUUAACAAGGAUCUGAUGGCCCAGAAUGGCAUCACGUAUGUGCUUAAUGCCAGCAACACAUGUCCAAAACCUGAGUUCAUCUCUGAGAGCCACUUCAUGCGCAUUCCUGUCAAUGACAACUAUUGUGAGAAACUCCUACCCUGGCUCGACAAAACUAAUGAGUUCAUUGACAAAGCCAAGGUUUCCAACUGCAGAGUCAUUGUCCAUUGUUUAGCUGGCAUCUCCAGGUCUGCUACUAUUGCCAUUGCUUACAUCAUGAAGACAAUGGGCUUGUCAUCGGAUGAGGCAUACAGGUUUGUAAAAGAUCGCAGACCUUCAAUAUCACCAAAUUUUAACUUCCUGGGCCAGCUGCUUGAGUUUGAAAAAGGUCUCCGUCUGCUGAAGGCACUAUCUUCGGGUCAGGAGAAGAAUGAGCAGCCCAGCAAGGCAGAGGAACCAAAAAGAGAAACCACCUCCAAACCAGAGAAAGUUCGACUAGAUGGCGAGUCAGAGAUCUCAGGGGCAGACACCAAGCUGCCAUCUCCCACAUCACUCCAACAGGGCUUCAAUGGUCUCAAUCUGUCGGCUGAGCGCAUUCUGGACACUAACCGUCUCAAGCGCUCCUUCUCUUUGGACAUCAAGUCUGUCUACACACCCAACCAGUGUCCCCACCUCAUGCCUAAUCAUGCUGAGGAUGUCCCCAAGCUCUGCAAACUAGACAGCCCUAGUCCAGGGUCCUCAAAUGGUGUUUGUCAGUUGUCUCCAUGUUCAGACAGCCCCAGCUCAGUCGAUUCACCAAGCCCGGUAGCUGAGAACAGUGCGAAGGUUCGUUUGCGCAGGAAAAACAAGCACAGUGGAGCCAGCUCACCUGUGCAGUCUCUGAGCCUGAGUUUUGGUCGUUCAUUGUCCGGGCACAAAAGCCCAAGCCUGGACGAGAACCUCAAGUCUGCAAUGCUGCUUGGACUUCCUGUAGCUGGCACUGGCCCCAUGUGGACCAAACACCGGGACACUUCACAGGCUACCACACCAGUCACACCAACAGGCGAUGCCCCAUGGUUCUAUGAGUCACUGACUAGUACAGGGGGUGGGUCAUCCUCAGUACAUUUUGCUCCACUGGGCUGCAGUGCACUCCCAGGUCCGUGUGAGGCUGUGCGGUUACGUCAAAAGGCAGGAGAUGUACGGGAGUCCCGAGCGAGCUGGCAUGAAGAUACAUCUGGCUCUGCUGCUGGUACUGACAAACAGUUCAAGCGACGCAGUUGUCAGAUGGAGUUUGAAGAUGGAAUCUCGGACACACGUUCGAGGGAGGAGCUUGGCAAGAUUGGUAAGCAGUCCAGCUUCUCAGGCAGUAUGGAGAUCAUUGAGGUGUCCUGACAGAUGCAGUGCACCAUGGAACUGUCUGGCAUAGAGGUGGGCAGGUGCCACUUACAGGUGAGGAAGGACUGAGGGACAGAACAGCAACAGCUGACUGAUUCCUGAAUUUAGGAGCAUUUGUUUUAGUGUGUAGGACUGUGAGAAAUUAAUUAUGGAUUUUUGUGUUUGUCUCUGAGACUCAGAGCCAGUUGAGCUGGAUGCAGGCAGACUUUACGCUGUCUCCGCUGUUUAUAAGCCAUCACCAUCCCAGAACAUUUUGGGAGGAAUAAGGACAGAACUGUUGUAUUUGAUUUCAAAAUCCAACUGUAAAGUGUACAUGACAUUUCCGUCUCCAACAAAAAGCUUUACCAGCCUCACAGUGUAUUGAGAUUAAAGCAUGGCUCAGUGUCCUCUGGUCACACUUGCAUCUGGUAUUACUCUCACACAGACUCGGUGGACUCGCACAUCUACAGCUCAAGGGGCCUCUACUGACACACUUGAAGCCUUGGUAUAGACUUGUGCAGAACAGAUGAAGGCUUCUUUGUGCACUGCUUUUGUUCCCCCCUGCUCCUGUAUGCCAGUAAAUAAUCCUGGAGGAGGAUGCAGGAAUGUUAUGGAAAAAACGCAUUGUGGAAGUUUUCCUGCAGUGCCUACUGUUUUUUCUUCUCUGUGUUUGUUCUUUACCUUUUCCCUGAUUUCAGCCCCCCACACACUGUACAACUGGUGGGCACAAAAGGAACUACCGCCCACCUUUCUCACACUGAGCAUGCUGCCGUAUAUGAGGCUGCUGGUUUCCCUACAGAUGAAUAUAAUACACACCAUGCAUAGCUCUCUCAAUGGACAUUUUUUUGGUUCUUAUAGUUUUAAUUUAUUUUAUCUGUUCAUUCUGGUAAUGAGAAAUAAUAUAAUGAUUGUGGAUCCUUCUUUUUUUUUUGGUGUUGACCUCAGUUUUUGAUUACAAGGUAUUUAUGAACUCAUUCACAAAACUGAUACACAACUACA